CCCUGCACUCCGGCUCGCCCCGCUUCCGGCCGGUCCGAAUUCCGCUUCCGGUCCGACGCUGGCGUCUUUGCUGAGGGUCACAUUGAGCAGCAAGCUGCUUCAGGGGCGUCUUUAGGAGUCAGCACCAUGGCAGAAGACAUUAAGAGCAAAAUCAAGAACUACCAGACUGCCCCUUUUGACAGCCGCUUCCCCAACCAGAACCAGACCAGGAACUGCUGGCAGAACUAUCUGGACUUCCACCGCUGUGAGAAGGCAAUGACUGCUAAAGGGGGUGAUGUCUCCGUGUGCGAAUGGUACCGGCGUGUGUACAAGUCCCUGUGCCCCCUAUCCUGGGUGUCAGCCUGGGACGACCGCCGGGCGGAAGGCACAUUUCCUGGGAAGAUCUGAACGGGCUCCGCUCCACUCCACUUCUCCUCUGUCCUCUUUGCUUCUCCCAGGGUGGUGAAGGGGGACCCAGGGACAUGGUGAUCCCCACCCUAGGAUCCUGAAUCAUGGCUUAAUAAUAAAUACUCGUUGGAAAAGUGUAA